GUGGGCCGAUGCGGCGGCGGCGGCCCCGGGAGCGGCAGCGGGAACGGCCCCGGGAGCGGCGGCGGCACCGGGAGCGCGGGUAGCACUGCGAGCGGCGGCGGCGGCAGCACCAGCGCCAGCAUGGAGUACGUGAGCCCCGAGCAGCUGGCCGGCUUCAGCAAGUACAAGUACAGCGCCGUGGACAGCAACCCCCUGUCCCUGUACGUCAUGCAUCCCUUCUGGAACGCCGUGGUGAAGAUCUUCCCUACCUGGCUGGCCCCAAAUUUGAUAACGUUUUCUGGCUUCCUGCUGCUUGUCUUCAACUUCUUCCUCAUGGCAUACUUCGACCCUGACUUUUAUGCUUCUGCUCCUGAUCACCAGCACGUUCCAAACGGCGUGUGGAUCGUGGUGGGGCUCCUCAACUUCAUGGCCUACACGUUAGACGGCGUUGACGGGAAACAGGCACGCCGCACCAACUCCAGCACGCCCCUGGGAGAGCUCUUUGACCACGGGCUGGACAGCUGGGCCUGCGUGUACUUUGUGGUCACCGUGUACUCCACCUUCGGCCGCGGCUCCACCGGCGUCAGCGUCUUCGUGCUCUACCUCCUGCUCUGGGUGGUCUUGUUUUCCUUCAUCCUCUCCCACUGGGAGAAGUAUAACACAGGGAUUCUCUUCCUGCCCUGGGGAUACGACGUCAGCCAGGUGACCAUUUCAAUUGUCUACAUAGUGACAGCCUUUGUGGGAGUUGAGGCCUGGUAUGCACCUUUCCUGUUUAAUUUCUUAUAUAGAGACCUAUUCACUGCAAUGAUUAUUGCCUGUGCCCUCACUGUGACCCUGCCCAUGAGCCUGUACAACUUCUACAAGGCCUAUAAAAAUAACACCUUGAAGCACCACUCUGUGUACGAAAUCCUGCUGCCCCUGGUGUCCCCGGUGCUGCUGUUCCUGCUCUGCACCACCUGGAUCUUCCUGUCCCCCACUGACAUCCUGGAGGUCCAGCCCAGGCUCUUCUAUUUCAUGGUUGGAACAGCCUUUGCCAACAUCUCUUGCCAGCUGAUCGUGUGCCAGAUGAGCAGCACACGGUGCCAGCCCCUCAACUGGAUGCUGCUGCCCAUCGCGGCCGUGCUGCUCCUGGUGGUGUCUGGGCUGGCUCCAGGCAGUGAAACGCUCCUGCUGUACCUGCUGACAGCCUUCCUCACCCUGGCACACAUCCACUACGGAGUGGUCGUGGUGAGCCAGCUGAGCAGGCACUUCAACAUCCGGCCCUUCUCCCUACGGAAACCCACUCCGGACUGACUGGGAGCAGAGGAGGAGAAAAUCGGCCUGCGGGCUGCAGAAGGACUGUAAAUACCUGCUGCAAAUACCUGUAAAUACUUCAGCCAUCACCACAGAUCAAAGUAUCCUCUGGACAGAGCCAAGGACACGCGGGAUCCGCUGCAGCCGGGGCGGGGCCGGGCCGGGGCGGCUCCUGCUGCUCUUCCAUCCCUGCAAGCUUCGGGUUUUGGGUGGAGCUGGAGGAGGAGGAGCCUUUCAGGUCGCUGUUACUGUACCUUAGACCAGCUGAAUGUUCCCAGAGAAGCCUCUGACUCCGGCUCUUGCUCAGGGAAAGCUGCUUGGGGAUGCAGAGGCUUUACCUGAGCAAAGCACCUUGGCCUGACACCAAAACCAACGCAGCUGAUUCCUCCGAGGGCAGGGGGACAUCCUGGUGGUGGGGGAUAGUUCCUGGCUGUCCCCAGUGCUGCUGUCUGGACAGCCCCCAUGCUGGGCUGGUACUUUGGGAGCAGAUGGUGACAGUUCUCCCACAUUCUGUCCUGCCUUCCUGCUUUUGGGCAAACACUUGCUAGCACCUUUGUUGUCUUUUUUUUUUUUUUUUUUAGGGGGAAAAAAAAGACAAGACACUCAAAGCUUGUAGUUCAAUCCUAAUGGGAGGCUUGGAAAAUCAGGGCUCAGUUUCCCAUAGGAGUGGGAAUGUGGCUUCUGCAUGUUGUGUGGUACCUGGGACCACAUCUCAGCAUGUUCCUGUGUGUCCAUGUGUGUUCCCAGUCUGGAAAUGGGGUCUGGGCCAUGGAAGGUGGCUGAGACGAGAGAGCCAAGCUCUCCCCAUUCCUGCCAUCAUGGAUUUGCUGUCAUGGGUUGGCUCCCUGGGUCCUUUCCUGCUGCCUGAGCCCCUUUUCCACAGCCAGGAACAGCCUGGCCCUUCCCAACUGCAAUUCCACCACUGGGAGAAGCACCUGAAGGCCCUUGUUGGUCAUGUGUGCACCUUCAGGAUGCUCCCAGGGGUGGGAACCUUUCAGAUCUCCCUCUCUUUGUCCCUAGCACCCGCGUGUCUCCAGGCACCUCUUUGUUUACUGUCCACUUGUCAAAGAUGGGUUUGCGUUGAUUUUAUUUUUUAAUUCGUUUUUUUUUUUUAAUUGACUUUGAGUGGGGUGGUGAAGACCGAAUGCUGAUUUUCUUUCCUGUUGGCUUGAUUCAAUGAAGACCUGUGCUUGAAUGAAGAGUGUAGCUUAAACCCAGGCUCUGGAAAGGCUGCAUCCGGAAGAGAACAAGCACAGCCGAUCGUGCAGGUGGAACUACCAUGGGAACAAAUUCCUUCAGACACUGAUUGUUGUGCAGCGUGGGGCACCUGACAGCUCGGUCAGAGCAAUUUCCUUCUGCAGGGGAAGCCUCUUCCUGCUCUGGGAAGCCUUCAACGUGUAACUGCUAUUUAAUGCUUUUUCUUUUGGAAAUUGGAAUCACUGUCAUGCCAAGACUGGAAGCCCUGAGGUUGAGCUCGUGAGUUCAGGGGUUGCUUGGGCAGCCCCUGGUCAGCCCUUCGUCAGUCUUGGUCACCCCUGGUCAGCCCCUGGCCUGUGAGGAGCAAACUGGGCCCUUCCCAGGGCUGCCAUCCCUCGUGGGAGGCUCUGGAUCUCACGUGUCCCUACGGCUGCGGCGGGGCUGGGAGAGGGGUCCAAUGGGUUUUGGAGUUUAUUUAAUAAAGUAGCUUCCUCCAAUCCAUUUUACUGAUGUUGUACAGCAAAAAAAAAAAAAAAAAGAAACCCUCCAUGGACAAAUUACUUGGGCUGCACCUGAGUUUUUGACUCCUGCUAUUUAAUGAAAUAGAAUUAUGGAGAUAAAAUAAAUUUAAAUCCUGCUCGCACAGGAAUUGGAGCGAAUCUUCAGCUGGGACACAGCUCCCUGUGGGACUUGUUCAGAUAGCAGAGCUGGGCUGGCAACGCUGAAAAAUGUGUAUGUUGGAUGAUUUUCUGUCUAGUUUUGUGUUUGCCCAAGCAGGGAAGAACUGAGCUGUUCCCUCAGGCUUCCAGCUGAACUCUGGGCUCCCAAACCUGGCACUUGCCUUGUCCUGUCUCAUCCCAUGAGCAUCACUGGCCCCUGAGGACUGGGAUGCUGCUGAGGCUGGGAGGAGUUGUCUGAGCUUGAGUCUUGGUGUGUAGGAAGAACAUCCCUCUCCAAAACUGGAACUGCUUCCUCUGCACAGGCUUUGUCUUGGCGGAGUUCUGGCUCUUUGGUGCCUUAAUUUAUUGCACCUUGAAAGUAGAAAAAAUCUCCUUAAAUCAGUGCUGGGUUUGGGCUGGCUGGUACCUGGUGGGGACAGGGACAGAGUAGAGCCCAGGCAACUGCUGGGGAGGGGGCUUCUCCUUUGGCUCUUAGAAAUCCAGUGAUUUCUGGAUUCUGAGAGGGGAAUAGAAACAAAGAGACCAAAACCUGUGUGGCAGCUGAGAACCAACCCUUCUGUUGCCCACCAUGGGUUCAGGUGUUCAGAAUUAAAAGUGCUCCUGGGUACCAGCCCCUGAGGGGGACGUUCCGUGCUGGUGGUCACUGGUUGGGCUCUGUCCUUCCCAUGGGGAUGGAGAGGGCAGGUCCUGGCUCCUCAGCUCCUCCUGCCUGGUGCCCCACAGCUGAUCUGUGUUGUCUCUUCUUCUAGGGAUAGGUUGCUCCAAGCCUGGGACCCUUCCAGGGAUCCAUGGGCAGCCCCAGCUGUGCCAGCCCUGCCCACCUGCCAGGAAACAAUUCCUCAUUCCCAAGAUCCCAUCCAGCCCUGCCCUCUGGCACUGGGAGCCAUUCCCUGGGUCCUGUCCCUGCAGGCUCUCUCCAGCUCUCCUGGAGCCUCUGGUUGGUCAUGGUGGGGUUUGGCAGCUGCCUCUCCUCAUGUCCCCCUGCCCCAAGGCUUUGCCAGAGCCAGGAGCAGCGUGCUGGAAGUGGGAGCUCCAGAGGCUCUGGGAACAUCUUUAAGCUCCUUAAACAGAGGUGUCACCUCCUGGCCUGUCAAGGAUCUGCAGCUGGGAGUCAGAGCUCUGAGUUGGAUCUCAGCUCCAGUGAGGGCCCUAAACUCUUGCCUGAGAGCAUCCAUGCCUGCUUCUGACAGAGCUGGAAAGUCCCCAUGGAAGGGAUGCUUUUGGGAAACCAGCCUUGGCUCCUCCUGGUUUUGCCCACCUCUACCUCUGAGCUGUGUCAAAGCAGUGGCUGAGGUGACACAGAGGCUGCUCUUGGUGGGACAAGGACAGGACAAGGGGAAAUGGCCUCAGGCUGUGCCAGGGGGAGGCUCAGGGUGGAUUUUGGGAACAAUUCCUUCAUGGAAAGGGCUGUCCAUCCCUGGCACAGCUGUGGUGGAGUCCCCAUCCCUGGAGGGAUUUAAAAGCUAUGAGGAUGUGGCACCUGGGGACAUGGAACAGCACUUUGGCCUUGGUUGUGCUGGGAAUGGCUCAGAGGUGGGCUCAGAGGGCUUUUCCAACCCCAGUGAUUCCAUGGUGACAGUGGGAGCUAUGCUGACCUCCUUGUUUGUGGAAAAGAUCCUCUGGCCCAUCCAGAUGUGGCCAGACCUGGCUGGAGAAGCCCCCGGCUGUUCUCCAAGGAAGUGGCUGGGCCAUCCCUGCCCCAGGAGCAGAAGUUCUUGGGGUAACUCCCUGCUCACCCUUCAAGGUGCCAAUUGCCUCAGCCCGCAGCACCUGCAGAGCCCGUUUGGUCAGAGCUGGUUGGAGACCUCAAAAUCUGUCCCCAUCCCUCCCUGCCAGCAGGGACACGGCCCUGCUCCUGUCCCCUGGGCUGGAGGGGACACUGGUGCUGGCAGUGGCCCACAGUGAGGUGCUGUGAUCCCAGGGGGCCCCAAAGGCUUUCCCAGAGUCCAGAGUCUGGGGGUUCAGGUACUGCAAUGGGUGUGAAUUCCAGUCUGUUCAAUGCUACUGCUGAAAUAUUUAUUGUGUUUAAGCCAAACAGAAAACUAAUAAAGUUCAGUAAAGAAUAAAAUUUUCCACACCUUUUA